AUGUCCGCAAACAAGGCUACUCGGCUCGGUGAGGAGACUCGAGUCGACAAAGUCAACGCCGAGCUUGUUACACUCACUUACGGUACCAUAGUUGCCCAGCUGUGCAAGGACUUCGACAGUGAUUAUGUCGAGGUCAACAAGCAGCUAGAUAAAAUGGGCUAUAACAUUGGGUUGCGCCUGAUCGAGGACUACCUAGCAAAAUCAAACACUAUGAAGAGAUGUUCCAAUUUUCGAGAGACUGCGGAUGCGAUUGCGAGAGUUGGAUUCAAAAUCUUCCUCAAUAUCACACCGCAAGUUACCAAUUGGACGACAGACAACAAACAGUUCUCCCUCGUGUUUGAUGAGAACCCCCUAGCCGACUUUGUCGAGCUGCCAGAUGACGCUCGGGCACAGGAUGAGCUUUGGUAUUCCAACCUAUUUUGCGGAGUACUUCGAGGGGCACUUGAAAUGGUGCAGAUACAAGUCGAGGCCCACUUCAUCAGCGAUGUACUUCGGGGUAACGAUACAACGGAAAUGAGGGUUUCGUUGAUACGAUAUAUUGACGAUGAACUGCCCCCGGAGGACGAUUGA